AUGUUUAAUUUCGAUAGGUCAACCGUGUUAUGUCAAGCACUAUGGCCCAUGAAGAGAUCGCCAAGCCAGAUGGGUUCCUGCAAUAGUUGUUCGAAGAUUAGGUUGAAGACACAUAAUGGUAAAUCGAUCCCACAUGGUCUUCUAUGGAAACGACACGUAGAGCAAAUCCGACAUAGAUACGGUGCCAACCAAAAUGGCGACCCAGGGAAAAUCACUGGGACCCAGACCAAAGUUGAUUCAAGGCAUUCAAUUGUCAAACCUACCACGCCUGAAAGUAGUCAAGUGCUUUUCGACCCGAUAUCUCACCUAAGAAGAUCGGAACGUAUACGUCAUAAGUUUGCCCACAAACUUUAG